AGUGGACAGGAGCGAAGGAGGAGGAGAGAGAUUAAGAAAGAACAAAAAAAAAGUCACAGUACACCUGAACAAGGAGUGGCGGAGCCAGAAAAACAGGAUCACGUUAUAGUUUCAAUAUGGCGUUGAACUAAACCUGGUGGAUAGAGACCACAUCUGACUAUAUACUGAAAUUUAGACACCAAACACAGGGAAUCAUCAUGGUGAAAAGGAAGAAGAGGUGUUGAGUGCAAGCAAAGUCGAGAUCUUGCCUAGGUUUCAAGGAGUGAGGAAAUCUAUCCACAUUCUAGCAGUAAGCACAGUUGUCAUGGCAACAACACCUCAAUUAAUAAACACAACGCUAUCUCCGGUAAAUACGACGACAAAGUCACGGGAACAGAUUCUUUAUCAGAGUGCUGGUGCAAUAGUUGCUGCUAUUGUGGUCGGUGUAAUUAUAAUAUUUUCACUGGUACUUGUCAGCCUCAAGAUGUACAACAGGCGUAAACGGACAGAGAGAGAACUGGGAAUGAGAAGCACCAAAACCACAAACACACCAAGCACAAGACCUCACAACAGUUCCCUUAGCCAGCCAACAUCUUUAACAUCUGUUCCACCUGACAUCCACCUUGAAAACCGAUGACUGAAGAGAAUGGGUGCUGCCAGAAAGUGAAGCCCAGUUUGAUUCACAAAUAAUAUUAGUUUAGGACUAUCUAUUUAGAUCCCCAGAUCUUCACUGAAACACUGAGAAUCACAAUGUGAUACUAGGUCUUUGCUUCUGAAACCAGCGAUCCCUAUAUCCACGAGCCUAUCCUGCACUAAACUUAUAAACACCAGAUAAACUAAGAAAAAAGCCAUUGAGCUGGCAUUCAAAAUGGCUUCUUUUUCCACAGUAGGGCAAUGGAAAUCCCCAAUACAUCACAAUUUCUUUUUCAUCUUCAAUCUACCACAAGUUUAACCAAAUGAAUGUACAUUGGACAGGAAGACUGGGGUACAUUUCUGGAAACAUGACUGCCCUUAUGUUGGCUUUUAUAUAUACAUAUUUAUAUUUAUAUAUGAAAGAAAGUUUUAAUUAGAUUUUUGGAGUUUCUCUGUUUUUUCGUAUAUGUCCCUGAGCAUCAUUUCGCCAUUAUUAUUCAAUAAAAUCACUGUGUUGAGCAGAGAAUAAAUCUAUUAUAAAAGUACUAUUGCUCGGUGAAUGUCUAUUGAAGAGACUUUAUGGAUCACACGGAUCACUGAGUGGGUACAACCAAACACAGCAAUAAUCAUUGUGUGUAUCAGGCAGUCGUGGGAUUUAUCUCCACAUGAUCCAUAUCAUUGUGUUAUAGCAUGUAAAUGUUUCCUAUGUAUGUAGUACCAGUGAUUUAUUUAAGGGUCUGCAUGACAAAAGUAAUUUAUAGAAAAUCUAGGAAUAUAUUUGUCAGAUCUUUAUGUCAAUAGCCAUCUUGCCACAGACAACUCCUUUCAUAUAUGAGUCAAUGGUUUGACUCUUAAUACUUUAACCUUUUCACAUUAUGUGUGGAAUUACUUAAAUGACUCUCCAAGUGUCAGGGUGGGGCCAAUCUGCUCAGGUGUCACAGCCUGGCACACCAAAUCGCUUGCUAUGAUCUCCCAGACCCUUGAUGAAUAAUGUACAGAGCCCUAUAUGUCAAUCAAGAAGGCCCUGGGAGAUGAGGGCAAACAAGGAGGGCUACCAAGCCCCGCCUCCUUGACACUUGGCAGAGAAAUAAAAAGAUUUCAUAUGUUUGGUAUCCACCAUCAGCUCUACGAAAGGUACAGUUUGUUUAUAUAGCCCCAACAGCUAUCCAAUGGUGUCUGCAGAUCUUGCCAGCAAAUACAGCUGACAGAUUCCCUUUACUGCUGUCUACAACUGAUCAGAAUCUAGAUUCCACACUUUCACAGCAGGUUAAAAAGCAAGAAGAGGCCAUACUAGCAACUUUUUGGUAUCAUUUCUUCAUAGACACCAAGUAAUUUUUGCACUUUUGUGGAACACAUGAUGAUGCAGUCAUAUUGUGUUGCACGCCUAGUAAAAUUAUGAGCAUGGGUGGGCAUCUGCAAUUAGAAUGCCAUCUGGAGGAUGUUCUGAUGUCUUAGCUUCAUUAUCAAUAGAUAGAUUUUUUUCAUGAUCAUACCAGCUUUCUGAUGUUUUUCUUUCUUUGUAGUUAAGGGAAAUGCUUUAAAAGAUGAACAAAAAAUUGACAAUGUGUUGUAAAUAUUAUCGAUGUUUAUUGCUGUCAGUCUAUAUUUAUAUGUCUGAAUACCAAGUACAUAGAUAGAUCAUAAUGUUCAGUAAAGGCUUAAAAAUGUGAACUCAGUCGUACACUUACUGAUGGGAUGCAUUUCUGUCAGUUGGAACCAUUUAUUAUUUGCAAUGGGACCUAUUACUGUAAAAAUGCAGUUCAAUCUACAGAUAUCAUGUUACAGAGAAGAGAGAAGAAUCUGAAUGGACUGAAUAUAUAGGUUUGUGCAAAAAGGUUCACAAUAACAUUGAUUUUAUCAAUUAAAAUUGCUGCUCAUACUGGGUUUUGCAGGCCAGUGGGUGAUCUUAUAACCUUUAGGGCCUAUUCACAUUACGUGGUUGCUAAGCGGAAUUUCCAGUGCAGCAGCCUCCGAUUAUUUUCAGUGGGAUUCUGCUGCACCAUUCACACUAUGGAAUUACCAAGUCAGAAAUGGAAAAAGGCAGACAUGGAAAUUUGAGAUACCAGUCUCCGCAAGAAGAAUGAACAUGUUACACGGAAUCCGUCUUCAGAGAUGUACCAUUUCUUAGCGGCCCGCUAAAGUUUCCAUAGUGUGCAUGGCCCUUAUUGUACAAGCUUGCAUACAAAAGUAGCUGUCAGUCACCAAGUAGGACCACCCACUGGACUCUUAGGCUAAGUAUAAUCAGAAGUUUAAAUAGACAGAUAUGUUUUCCUGCUUUCUAACAUGAUGCUGGCAGAUCAGUCUGCAUGCUUAAGGUAUGUUCACAUGAUGAAAUUUCUGCAACUGCGUCAGAAUUUCUGUGUUCUCACAAUACAGAAUUCCGCCAAUGAUUUUAAUGGGAUUCUACAAUGGAAUUCCCCAAAAUAUAAGACUGAUCUUAUCUUUCUGAAUGGAACAGUGGAAUCCCAUUAAAAGUAAUGGGCAGUAAAUUCCAGCGAAAUUUCUGGCAAAAUUCUUCCGCGGACGUCCGCACGGAAAUUCAGUCGUGUGAUUAUACCCUUACUAUGACAGGUUUCCCUCAAUACCACAAAUAUAACAAAUAUGGUUGACAAUCAUUGUUUGAGGUUGGAUUGUUAAUGUUUAUAUUCUAUGGCCACCUUUAUGCCUGAAAACCAUAUAGCAGUGUUUCCCAACCAAGGUGCCUCCAGCUGUUGCAAAACUACAACUCUCAGCAUGCACAAGAUGAAGGCUGCCUGGCCAGGGAGUUGUAGUUUUACAACAGCUGGAGGCAUCCUGGUUGGGAAACACUGCCUUAAAGACUUGAAACUUCAUUCAUAAAUCAAAAUCUCCAUUGUCAGAAUGGAAACUAAA